ACGAAAAUGUGUAGCAUUGUACCACCUCAAAUUUACGAAACCCUCAAAAAGGUGGUCAAAGGGGACAUAAACAAUUUUGAGAUAGUUAUUCACGAUGCCAACAAGAAGGGCGAGGGCUUUCUGGGGGAUAUGGUAUUCGUAACACUGGAAAAUAAACAAUCGAACGAGGUGAUUGAUCUGGUGGUGAAACAAGCGUUUACGAAGCAAAUUAUCAGAGACAUGACUCCAAUUCGGCAGGUGUUUAUGAAUGAGAUUUACUUUUAUACUCAAGCUUGGAAACACCUGAACAAAUUCCAAAGGUCGAUUCCGAUGCAUUUACAGUUCCACAAGGUGCCCAAAUGUUUCACCUCGAUUUCUGAGGAUGGUUCGGAGAAAUUAGUAUUAGAAAACUUGAAAUUUCAGAAAUUCGAGAUGCACAACAAAAAGAUACCUUUGGACAAACAACAUUUUGAAUUAAUUUUCAGGGAGUAUGGAAAAUUUCAUGCUUUAUCAUUCGCUUACAAGUGUUUGUACCCCGAGGACUAUGCUGAUCUAGCAAAGGGGAUAAUAGAUGUAUAUUCAUAUUUCAUGAAUAUGGAUGGAUUUACAAAAUCAAUUGAUGCCAUAUAUGAUCUUGUCAUGGAUAGCCUACAACCAAGAAUAGAUGACGUUGUUAUAGAAAAAUUCAGGCCUUAUUUCGAAAAUCAUAUGGAGCUGUUUCGGGAUAGUAUAGACUGUAACACUAAGUAUAGUGUUAUUACACAUGGCGAUUGUUGGAGUAACAAUAUGAUGUUCAAAUAUAGUGAAGACAGAAGAUUAGUCGACAUUAGAUUCCUAGAUUUUCAAUUGUCAAAGGAAGGUUCUCCUUGUUGCGACUUGAGCUACUGCUUCUAUUCGGGCGCAUCAGAUGAAAUGCUGAAGGAUUUGGAUUAUUUCCUGCAAAUCUACCACGAGAGUCUUUCAAAAACUCUGAAAGCGUUUGGAUGUGAUCCUGAAAAACUGUAUCCUUUUCAGGAGUUGAAGAAUGACUGGAAAAAGUACUGUAAAAUGGGCGUGACAAUGGCCCUGAUGGUAUGGAAAAUAAAAUGCACUUCUGAAGAAAAUAUAAUCGAUCUCAAUGAUGUUGACAGGCCAGCCGAAGAGAGAGAACGAGCAUACAGUGUUUAUGACAAAGAUGCAUUUCAGAAGAUUUGUCGAAAUUUAAUUUUUCACCUGCACGAAAAUGAUUAUCUGUAACUGUAUGAUUCAAAUAAAUACAUGUUUUUUAUCUUACAUUACCAUAAUAGAUGAUAGAUUGCACCUCAUUUUGAUGAAGGUUUUUUUCUGUGGUAUUAUUGAUUCCUCGUCAAACUAACAAUGUUUGUCAAUUACAGUGAUAAAUAAAUUAUUAAAACAA